AGACGAGAUAUAAGUUGACCAACUCGAGAUUACUGGGAAGCAACUCUUUCGCGUACAUUGCUAGGUCUUUCUUCAGUACACCCAGCGGCAGGCAGAUGGCACAGAACAAGAAGAACAUUGUCGUUAUUGGUGGCUCCUAUGUUGGCGCGAAGGUAACCGAACUCAUCGCGAAUAAGAUGCACGCCACACACCGGACAAUCAUGGUCGAAAAGAACACCCACUUCCAACAUCUCUUCGCCUUCCCUCGUUUCGCCGUCGUCCCAGGCUACGAACACAAAGCCUUCAUCCCUUAUAGCAAUGCUUUCUCGGACUCCACUCCGCCGGAUUCCACCAGCAUCGUCCAAGGCAAGGCCGUUGAGUUGCUCAAGGACCGCGUGGUCGUGGAGACAGGAAAAGGCGAAAAAGAGGAGAUAGAGUACGAGUAUCUGGUGUUGGCGACAGGGACGAAGUUGACGCCUCCUGGAACGCUGCAUACGGAAGGGAAGGUGGAUGGGAUCAAGUAUUUCCAGGAUCAUCAGGCGGCAAUGAAGAAGGCGGAGAGGAUUGUCAUUAUCGGCGGUGGUGCGGUCGGCAUUCAAAUGGCGACGGAUACCAAGGAAUAUUACCCCACUAAAUCUGUCACUCUCAUCCAUUCCCGACCGCACCUGAUGAACAAGUAUCACCCGAAGUUCCAUGAACUCAUUCUAGAGCGCUGUAACGAACUCGGCAUCGAAGUCAUCACGAACGACCGCGUCAAAAUCCCUGCCGAGGGCUUCCCGUCCGAUAGCAGCUCGCGCUUUGACGUCGAGCUCACCUCGGGCAAGAAAGUUCCAGCUGACUUUGUCGUCAUCGCAACCGGCCAAACUCCCAACUCCGCCAUCCUCGCCUCCCUCUCCCCUCAAUCUAUCACAACGUCCCCACCCGGCUUCAUCUCCGUCAAACGCACGCUCCAACUCACAGAUCCGGCCUUCCCUAACGUCUUCGCUCUCGGUGACGUCGCACACACGACGCAUCAUAAGGCCGCGAGACCAGCAUCAAAGCAAGCCGAGAUUGUGGCGAGUAACAUCGCGAAGCUCGCUGAGGGGGGUGAAGGGGUGACUUUGGACGAGUAUCCGGAUUUACCGGCGGGUAUUCACAUGAGUUUGGGGAUGACUCGGAACAUAGUGUUCAGGAAUCCGGAGAAGGAGGGCGACGAGCCUGCAUAUAAUUUGAAAGAUGAUGGUAGGGAGGACAUGAAAAUCGAUAGGAUCUGGAAUAUGAGGGCGCCUGGGGUUACGGACUAUCAUCUGUAG